GGAAAUGUGGGAGGUGUGUGUUCUCAGCGAGUGCUUGUCAAAGGUAGUCGGGUUUUAUUUCACGGAAGAGAGCAGAACCAAACCUCCAAGUUCGACCGACACAAGGACAAACCGGGACCUCUGAGAAACGACCCCAUCACGCAGAUCAGGAGCAUCACGCGGGGGCUCGAAACACCGAACGGGACGUAAAUCUGCAGCAGGACGGCGGUGAGUCUGACAGAAAUGGGAACGGGGCUCUUCUGAAGGCGGCGGAGCAGCAGCGGAGCCCGGCCGACACAAGCGCGCGCCACCGAUAUGGCCCACGUCGGCAACGGAGCGGCGGCCGAGGAGGAGGACUGCUUCGAGGAUGCCUACGAUCGGAUUCCUGCAGCAUGUCAAAUGGAUCUGCAGACCGCCAUCCAGGAAACCCAGUGUGCGCUCAACCUUGUCCUCAACAACAAGUUCUCUCAAGCACUGGAACUACUUAAACCAUGGUGGAGGGAUAGUAUGUACCACGCUCUGGGUUACAGCAGCAUCCUGGUGAUGCAGGCAGCCAUGACCUUCGAGCACAAAGACAUCCAGACUGCCAUGACAACCAUCAAGGAGGCGUUGCAGACCUGUCAGAGGUUCAGGAAAAGGAACUCCAUGGUCGGAUCUCUUUCCAGUCUGAUCAGCAAGCAGUCCAACCUGCAGGAAGAGGAAAUGCAUGCAGAGAUCUGCUACGCCGAGUGUCUCCUGCAGAAAGCUACGCUGACCUUUGUACAGGAUGAGAACAUGAUCAGUUUUAUUAAAGGAGGCAUCAAGAUUCGAACCAGCUACCAAAUCUACAAGGAUUGCCAGAAUGUGCUGAAUGUCACUCAGGAUGUGGCUGAACAAUCUGAUUCGUUCAAACAGUUUGAAGGCGGAGUCAAGCUGGGAAUUGGAUCAUUCAACCUGAUGUUGUCUCUCCUCCCUCAGAGGAUUUUAAGGUUGUUGGAGUUUAUUGGAUUCUCAGGAAACAGGAGGUUUGGUUUAUCUCAGCUUAGAGAGGGAGCCUCCACCAACAGUUUGCGUUCGAUCCUCUCCGCCCUGACCCUUCUCUUCUACCACACAUAUGUUUCCCUAAUACUGGGAACUGGGGAGGGGAAUUUGGUGGAGGCUGAAGCUCUACUGGAACCAUACCAACAAAAAUACCCCAAAGGUUCCAUUAUUCUUUUCUACUCGGCUCGUAUUGCUGCCCUGCGAGGAAACUUUGAGAGGGCCCGUGCGCGGUAUGAGGAGUGUAUCAGCAGCCAGCAGGAGUGGAAGCAGAUCCACCACCUGUGUUACUGGGAGCUGAUGUGGACUCACUCGUACCAGCAGGACUGGCCGCAGGCUUACCGCUACGCUGACCUGCUGUGCAAGGAGAGCCGCUGGUCCAAGGCGAUCUAUGUGUACCAGAAGGCAGCCAUCCUUAGCAUGAUGUCAGAGGAGGAGGUGAAGAGGACGGGGGAGGACAUUGUGGAACUUUUUAGGCAGGUGGAGGGGCUUAAACAACGUCUGGCUGGAAAGUCGAUUCCCACAGAGAAGUUUGCAGUAAGGAAGUCCAGACGCUAUAAAGCUUCUAAGCCCACCCCCCUGGUCAUCCCUGCACUGGAGAUGAUGUACGUUUGGAACGGUUUCACCAUUGUCGGGAAAAGAUCUGACUACACAGAGUCUCUGCUGGUAACCAUAGAGACUGCUGAGGAACAGCUUCGCAACGACCCCAAUCCAUCAGAGUUUCAUCCAGAUGACAGCUGCCUGGUCCAGAUGUUGAAGGGGCUCUGUCUGAAACACCUGGGCAGGUUACUGCAGGCCGAGCUCUGCUUCACACAAGUCCUGUCAAGUGAGAGUCGUAUCAGAUACGAUCACUACCUGAUUCCCUUCACUCUCUAUGAGUUGGGUCUGUUGUAUAAACAACAGGGAGACUUCAUCAAGGCCACCACGUACAUCGAAAAUGCCAAGACAAACUACAAGGACUACUCCAUGGAGUCCAGGCUGCACUUCAGGAUCCACGCCGCUCUCAACAGCCUGAAAGGAUCACCUGUCAGCACGCCAUAAAACUCUAAAACAACAGGCUCUGCAGCUGUUCCUUCAGCUGGGCAAAGAGGUGUAGGACACAUCCAUCUGGGAUACUUCAUCUACUUUAUAUAGUUUCUGUUAUUUAUUUUUUCAGCAGCUUGGAAACAUGAGAUUACUUUAACUUGCACUUCUUCUGCAACAGACUUGGGCUUCCUCUAAACAUCUGAGUUCACUGAGAGAUGCAGUCAGUUGUUGUUUAAUCAGUGAGCUGAUAGGGACAAGCUUUUUUUUUUUUUUUUUUUAAUACAAAAGCACAACAUAAAAAUACCAGUCAGACCAAGAUGCGUCCAUCAUGAGAAGCAACAAAAAAAAUAGUGAUUUAAUCCUCAAGUUAAAAAAUGGACAUCUAUCAGAAACAAAUCACGGCCUGAUCUCCAGAUUAUAAUCUCUGAGAAAGUAUGUUUAUUUAUAAGAUAAUUAAAUCUGAAUCUAUCGUUUCUGUUUGUGAGAUGUGGAAACUGAUAAAGCUUUCUUUAAAAACAUUCAUGUCAACAGCAGGGACGCACUGUAGAUAUAGAUUUUAUGUUCUUUGCCUUUUUCGUUUCCUAUUAAAGCAUCAAGCCACGUGCACAUACCACAGAAACGGGUCUGUGCACGUGCAAUCACAGCCUUUUCACCGUCGGUGGCUUAAAAAACACAACUCAUUCCAAGCUUGCACAUGCUGGCAAACAUGCAUUUGAAGGACAUUACACACUAAGCGGUGUAAUCGCACACUUUCAGCAGCAAUAGUCGAGUUUGUGCCGUUUAGAAGUCGUCGUUCGCGCUGUCGGUUCGUUACGUUCUUGUUCUGAAACCCACAGGUUUGAUUCUUCUGUUUCUCAAACGCAGAGCAGCGUCUAGGCCUGUUGAACAUGCUCAGUGGCCAAGCUGAUAGACGUCCUGGUGGCUCCUCAGACCCCUACACAGGACAGAAUAAAGAGCCCAUGCAGCCCUCACAGACUCCCAGAGCAUUGAUUCAGUCUUAAAUUUCUUUCUUAGUCAUUCUGUUAGGAAACGGUGCUUUAAAAGACCCGCUGCUGAUCACAUGGCACGUAGCUGAGGAACUACUUUCUGUUAAACCAGCUUGCCAUCCCACAUAGCAAUGCUACAUAUUUACUUCCUGGUCUUUACUGUUAAAACAUUAAAACAAAACAGAUGUGUGCCUGUUGGACACAAACACCAGGCACCAUCAUUUCCAGUCACAGCAGCUUCUUAAAGCAUCUUCUCAGUAUGAUGGUACGUCACAUCUUCUUUUUUCUUCAGUAUGUUUUCCACAGUAAUCAAACCGAAUAAAUAAUAACAGCAUAAUAAGGUGAAAGCAACAUUUGGCUCCUCAUUGCUAAAAGAAAAAAGAUAGAAAUUUAAAUCAGGGUUAAACUAAAGGAAAAACUUUACAAGAGUGAAUCUUCUUGAGAGGAUGGAUGAGACAUUUAUAUAAUGUAGGACAGGAAAAACACCCGUGUUCUGCAGAACAAGUCAUCUUUAGCGUUUAACAACAUGUUAAAUCCUCCUCCGCCUGUACAACUGAGCUAUAGAUGGAGUCUUUUCUGUUAUCCAGUUAAUGAGUUAAACAGUCCAUACUAUCUAUCAUCAAUAGCAUUAUUUAGUUUACUAAGCAAACUCAUUCUCCAGAUUAAGAGCUAAAACAUUUAUUUCCUACCCGACAAUGUUCCAAAACCUCUGGAUUCUCUAGUACGACCACGAGCAAUGGGUCAAACUGCCGGUUAAAGAGGUCAAACUCGUGCUGUUGAGACGGGGACUGGCAGAGCUUUUAUUCCAUCCCAAACACUCAACGUCUCGUCCAGUCAGCCCAUUCAGUUUAAGUGACUGGUUUACGGCCUCACAUUCUUUCAUUAUAAUGCAGCUUAUUUAAUCUUCCUGUCGGAUUUUAGAAAGCAAACCUCUGUUUGAAUAACUCUUGGGUUAACAGGAAAGCAGUGUCCUUUCUGAUAAAAUCCCCAGUCUGUAAAUGUUAGAAAAUACAUUUUUUUAUUAACUGACUAAAAGACGUUGAUUUUCUGUAACAGCGUUCAAUCUUUAAAACAAAUAAUAGAUCAGUUACGUGAAGCUUAAACAUGAAACUCUAUCUAACCUCAAGGACUUUUUACCCAAUCAUUUAUACGUUGCAGGGGAGGACUGAGUCGAUGUAUUUUAAAACAUAUUAAGUCUAGGCCUCCCUCUGACGCAAGGAGGUGUAGUAUCACAAUAUUCAUGUCUCUUAUUAGCCCUUAAAUGAUAAAACCACCCAUUUCAUUUACCUUAAGAGAAAAAUGACAGGAAUCCUGUGAAUUGGGUGUAAUAACCGAGGCUGCGCCGAGCCGGUACGACCAAGCCGAGAUAAAGAAGGACAUCCUCUCAACAAAGCCAAUCAUAGCUCCUGCUGCUUUGGGUUAAAUGAGAAUAAGAUUAAAUUUGAUGCAGGAAAUCAAUAUGAGUUCUGCAGUGAAUCUGAAAACAAGCCUGAGCUGAGAUGAUUUGCUUGGUUUUUACUGUGAUUUCUUCUCGGCACAGCAGCUCUGCCUCUGAGAAACAUUUGCACGAAUAAGACUAGCCUCACCCCACGGCCGCUCAACCCUCAGAAAACACUGAUAACUUCACUCUAACAGAUCCUAUUUUCCUUCUUAUUGUUGUUGUUGUAUAGCUUUAAACCAGCUGGUAAACUAUGGAACAUGGCUUUUCUGUUUCUGUAUUUAUUCCAGAAUCUACUGGAAAUUAUUUAGAUCAAACGUGUACAUAAAGAGCAACUUUAAAGUUUAUUAUCCAUCAUAAAAAGAAGCACAAUCAUCCCAAACAGCCAUGUCAAAGCAACUCGCUUAUUCAGCAGGACCUGUCGUGCAUGCAGGCAGGUUGAGUCAUUUUACUUAUAAAUAAUUAGUUCAAAUUCGUUCUUCUUGUCUUUAAACGAUGAAGAAAAAGAGCUGGAGACUGAACUUUAAAAUAUCUUUGCUUCCAUGUUAAAGAUCGGGGUGCAGGACGCACUUCGCCGAGGCCUACUUCAAUAAAUGGCCUUCUCCCCAUAACGAAUGUAUCAACCUGAAGACCAAAUUGUGUGUGUGUGUGUGUGCUUUGCUUUUUUUCUGUUUUCUGUGCCUGUAAAUGUUUGGAUGUAGUUUUCUUUACGUCUUCGUGUGACCUGAAACAGUGGUUGUACUUUAAAGAUCAGAGAAGUAAAGACUUGUGGCAAUGAAAAUGUCGACUCAGCAGGGUGUCAGUGAUGAAGGUUUAGCUAACUUUCCAGCAUAGCUUCACGAAAUAGUGAGUUAGAGCAAAAUGCUGUUGUGAAUAGAGAUAUCUGUCCACAUCUGUUGCUAAUUUAGCAACACACUCAGCUCAAACAACAGAAAUGUGGAAUAAAACAGCCCUCCACUGAUCUACCUAAACUCAGAGGUCAGAAUAUCUGAAAACUCAAAUGGCCCCAAAUGUAGAUGUUCGACUGAGAAAGUUGAUAGAACCUCAUCAGCUUUGUAGCUGCUUUGGUAUUUGUGGGUAAAAAGCUGCUUCAUAUGAUGUAAUCAGCUUGUACUGCCAAGUAGGAGGAGCCUGAUUGGUCAGCAAAUUCUCCUAAAGCUCUGGUUCUGACUUCCAAGGCAAAUAAAAGUACUGCAGGAUGCUAACAUCCACCGAGCGAAGACGUAGCCUCGGGUAGCUCCACUGUGUAGGGUUCCCUGCAAGGAUAGACAGUACUCUGAGAAUACAGGAGUUCCUGCACCACAGCCUCAUAACUGGCUGAGCUACACACUUGUCAUCAUUUUUUUAUACCAAUGUACCCAAAAACAAUCAUAACAGUGAGUGAUUACAAUUUUCCCCCUACAAUGUAACCCCCGAUACCAGAAACGAUGAAGGAAGGGACAUCAUUUGUGUGCUGGGUGCUGUACAUCAGUAUAAGAAUACAACAGAAUGUUAUUUUUUUAUUCUGAAAUCAGAUGCUAAUGCUAACAUAUUAGCAUGUUAGUAGCAGUCUGCCAUCUUCUGGUGCACAAAGUUAAUUUUUAGUAAGAUAAAACAUCAUCUCCUGAACUGUACCCUACAAAAGACUUUUAUCCUGAUUUUCAUCAAGGUUUUUAUUCGAUUUCCUAAAUAAUAAAAAUACACAAGAGCAGCCUAAGGUGACAUUUAUCUGCCAAAACUUUAUUUAAAUAACAAAAUUCUGGAUUAAGAUCAACAUCAAAGUUAAUCCUGAAAAUCUGUCCUAAACUACUCGAACCACACACACAGUAUCAGAUAUCAUAUUUUACAUAUAUUUGUGUACUUUUAUUACACACAAAAACAACCCAUUAACCAAUCACUGGAGAAAAAGGUAUUUAAUUCUAUUUUGGCCAAAAUCUGGAUCCAAACCAGUCAAAGCAAAUAUUCUACAUGCAUUUAAACCAUAUAUAAGGCCCAAGUAUUAAAAAUGAAAGUUUUAAAGUUUUGAAGGUCAUUAAUUAAUCGUUUGAUUCAUUUCAUGAUUAAAGUUGUUAAAUUGACGUCUUUCAUUGCCACAAAAGUUGGAGCUUUCAGUCCACAUGUCUCAUUACGUCAGUGCCUCUGUGUGUCUGUUUAAUCUGUGAUACAGUUUUCUAUAGGACCGCAUGUUAUUAGAUAUGUAGAAUAAUUUAUUUUACAGAUGAAGACGUUACUUUAUGACGUGUGCUUCACCGCAGGAGGUUUUAAGGCUUUAUGGUUAGGUGCUGAUCAUGUGGUGCAAUAAAAUAAAUAAAGAGGAAUAUUGUUCAUUUUCA